GUAUUUUAUUCAUGAUUUUAUGUCGUUCUCUCUGAGUGGGAUCUUUGAAAUAAAUAAUUUUAUGACCAGCGACAAUGCUGCUUCAUUAACUAGGUGAUGGAGUGGUUCAGAUAUAUUUUAUAUUUACAUAUCUAAAUUCUACCUGAAAGCAGGAAUAUGCUAUCAAAAUCUAGUCGAUUUGUAUGGAAAAUCAUUCAGUGCCGAACAAUUGUAUCAUGUAGGAUAUCAGAUUCAAAAAUAAUUUCUUCACCUUUGCCAAUAAAUCCUAAUCAACAUUUGAGGUACUCUCUUCCCAGGCUGUACUGUUCAAAUUCUAAUAAAAACCCGUAUAUAGCUCAUGAUACUGAAGUAAUUCCAAAAGGGAUUAAAAAUAUCGAUGAAAAACCAGAGAAACUGAAAAAUACAGAACAAGACAGAGAAAUUUAUGUUCUCCAGGAUUUGAAAGAAUCUAAAAAAAAAAUUAAAGAAAAGAUUGAAGAAGUCGUUGAGAGAGAAAAUGUUUAUACUAUCCCUAAUUUUUUAUGUGUGGCAAGGAUAGCUAUAUCUCCUUAUUUAGGAUGGUUAAUAGUACAAUCUGAGUAUGAUUUUGCCCUGGUUGUUUUGGUAGUAGCAGCUGUAACUGAUUUGUUGGAUGGUUGGAUAGCCAGAAAAUGGAUCAGCCAGUCCUCUAAAAUGGGUAGUUUCUUAGAUCCAAUGGCAGACAAAGUACUUAUUGGAAUUUUGUUUUUGUCUUUGACAUAUGUGAAUCUAAUACCAGUUUUCCUAACAGGGUUGAUAAUCGCUAGAGAUGUAAUACUGGUGAUGGCUGGAUUCGUCAUAAGAUACAAAUCUCUUCC